AUGGACUUCAACUCCAAUUCUCAGCAUUUAUACACAUUAGAAGAUGUUGCAAACCACAACAAAGAUGGAGAUUUAUGGGUGAUUAUUAAUGGCAAGGUCUUUGACAUGACAACAUAUAUGGACACUCAUCCAGGCGGUAAACAAGUGCUUCUGAAACAUGGUGGUUUGGAUGCAACCAAAAAAUACCUAAAGUACCACAAGCCUCAAACAAUGGCCCGCGAAGGCGAUGCUUUGUGUAUUGGUGUUGUCAAAAAGACAGGUUCUUGGAGGAAGCUAAUGUGGAAGAAAGCAAUGUCAGGACUCUUCGAUCAUUCCUAA